GUCACUUUCUCAGUUGCAAGAUGGCGAACGUUCGGGAUAGUGACACAUCGUUGUGGCUCCACAAUAAACUCGGAACGUCGAAUGAUUCGUGGACAACUGGGUCUAUUUGUACACAAUUAAACGCCGAAGUUUUAAAAAACAUCAAGGAUUGUUUUCCUGAUUUGCAAACUCAAGUGAAACUAAAAUUAUUGUUAAGUUUCUUUCAUAUCCCGCGCAGAAAUGUUGAAGAGUGGAGAAAUGAAUUGGAGGAGAUUAUUGAAGUGGCAGCUGUCGACUCGGAUUUGUGGGUGGCAAUGCUCGCGGAGGUCCUCAAGACAUUUCCAUCUCAAGGCACACUUAACACUGAGAUAGCAGAGUUUGAUGAAACAAGACCAAUAUUCAGUGAUAUGAUUGGUGAACUCAGGCGGGCUCUUGCAAAACAUUCUGACCUGGGUUUACUGCCACUCGAGUGCCUAUAUUUAAAUAAAAAUGCCUUAGUAUCUGUGGUUGGUCAGCAACCGAAUCCGGUGAAGCACUUUACAUUAAAAAGGAAACCGAAAUCUGUGUCAUUACGUAGUGAACUACUGGCCAAGGCUGCUGAAGUUCAGGCCAAUCAGAAGAAAGCUCAGGCACCGACGGUUCCUGUUAGGAGUAGGGGGAUGCCUCGUAAAAUGACUGAUACAACGCCCCUCAAAGGUCUUCCCUCUAGAUGGUCGUCCCGUGGAGGAGCUCGUCCUCCUGUGACGCCUCGGCCGCCGCCACGCUCUGGUAUCAAACUCCUGGAUAUAGCUGAUCAACCGACCCACCUACAGAACAAGAAGAGACGGAAGAUUGAAAUGGAGGAAGGUGCAAAGAAAGCUCCCCCUGUCCCUCCGUCGUCACCACCACCAGACUACGCCAAAGGACUCAAUUACCAAAUGCCAAAAGCUGAUGAACCACCGCCUCCGAGUUCUACGGAACCUUCAGCGGAGCCCCCGUCAAGCGAAGAGCCGCCCGAGGCGCCCUCGCCGCCGCCGCCGCCAUCCGCGCCCGCCACUUCACACACCACGCCGCUGCUGGUGCACCAGGGCGGCAGUACCAAACCCCUGUUACUGAGUCAACCGAAGCUGAUGUUGGGCGGCAAGCCGGUGUUGUUGUCCGCGCCGGGUCUGGCCUCGGCGGUGUUGUUGCAGCAGGGGAAGGCCGUGUUGUUACAGAAUAUAAAACCGAUGCCGCAGCAGGUGGUCCAGCAGACCACACCACCCAUACAACAGAUAACACAUCCGGUGCAAUUAUCUUCUCCUCCGUCGGUCCCCGCGGCCCAGGCCCCCGCUCCUGUCUCGGCCUCCGCCCCCGCUGCCCCCGCGGCCCCGGCGGCGCCCUCACAGCCGCUCCUACCAAGAAGAGGAUUGUCGCUUACGCGUGAACAAAUGAUGGAAGCUCAAGAUAUGUUCCGGAACGCUAAUCGCGUCACCAGGCCGGAGAAAGCUCUCAUACUUGGCUUUAUGGCUGGCUCUAGAGACAACCCGUGUCCCAACCUCGGCAACAUAGUGACGAUAAAACUAUCAGAGAACAUCGAGAACGUCCUGCAGACGGACGACACAUACCUCACUAUGCUGUCCGAGAUGCACUUCCAGAUGAACUACAACAACGGCCAGUGGACGCGCCUCAAGAAGUACAGACACAUCGACGGCAUGGUGCCGCAGAAGAUCCCGCCCGGCUCCACCGUCAUCUCCUCCAACAACCAGCAACCCGUCGUCUCCAUCGCCAACCAGAGCUAGUACACGUACAGCGCCAUCUGUGUUCUUUAUCUGUUUAAACCAAGUAUACACACAGCGCCAUCUAGGUUUUUUGUUUGUGUAACUCAGGUGUUGUCGACUUGUGCUGUGAGGCGACUGCUGUCAUUUACAGCGCCAUCUAUGUUUUGUCUUUGUAAAUCAAGUAUACAUACAGCGCGAUCUGUCUUGUUUAUAUGAAUCAGAUGUACUCAUGUGUGCUGUAAGCCGACCUCUGUCAUUUAUUCAGUCCGUGUUUAUGUUGUUGUUGAAACAGAGAUUUAUAUUUUUUUAUGUAUAAAACUAGCUUAUAACCGCGGCGCCGUUCGGGUUCUCGUAAUAACUGUCCGUGACAUGAGAUUUUGGUGCGAGAGUGAUAGGUUAGAGGAAUUUAAUAUAAUAUAAACGAUGAACGAGUGCGGCAGACGGUGUGAGAUAACGCAGUUUCUCGCUGCCGUGUUGAAAUGUGAGAUUUAUAGUGUGCGAGCGGCCUUAUAUCCUUCAGUGAACAUUCGCUUCUUAUUAUUUAAUUUUUACAUCGUAUACUAAGGCCGCCCGCAUGCUCUUGUUACGUUAUGGUGUUCUAAACCUCGAUUUCUAGUGUAAUACUUGAUAUAAUAUAUUCCGAGCUGCUCGCUGUCCUUUGAAUGUACAUUGUAUUUGUUUUGUGUAAUAUCUUAGUUGUACGGAGACGGUUUGUUUGAUCUCAGAUGUUUAAUUUUUGGCUUGUUCUGAUUCUGUGCCAAAAUAUGUCUUAAAUAAGAGGAGUGAAGUGGAAAAAAUAAGCGGAAGAUAUAAUAAUUGCUUUGGAACUCUCCGUUGGCUUGGAGUCUUGUGAAGAUGGUUCAGAGCCGUUGGUUCACAGACAUUAUUAUAAAUACUAUAUCUCUUAUAACAUUUAACUGCUUUACUUAUAUUUUCCUUAUUUUAUUUCUACAGUAUGAUAAAUUUCGGCUGAAAUUCUCUAUGUUUUACGACGACUGUAUCGUAGACUAUGUCGUUUACACAGACUUGUCUAGUCUAAGACUUUGUGUUUCUAAUAUCGUCUUUUUUAUCUUUAUCAUAAAUAUCUAUUCCCACUAGACACGAAGCGUUUCGCGUCUCACAUUCAAUAACUUACAUUAACACUAUAAUGUGUCGAGAUUUAUGAGCGAGUUACUGCUAACGCUCCGUAUGUAGUGUGAUGGAAACUAAUAGUAAAAGUACUGAGUCAUCUGGGUUAGAGUUUGAAAUGUGUAUUGAUCUAAAAUAUGACAACUAACAUAUUUUUUGUUUCAUGCCAAGGAAAUGAAACGACUGAAUGAACAUUGAUAAUAUUGUAGGAGGAACACGAGACAAGCGACCAAUAAUAUAAUAAUAUAGACACGGCCUUCCUAGUAUAAUGUUGUUAUAAAGAAUGAGGCGAGACAUACUCCCUCGCGCAGACGGCUUGUGUGUGGACCCACAGGCGGCUGUGAUGUGGAACUUGCGUGAAGCAGAGAAUAUUUUGUAACUUUAUAAUAGAUUCACGAUAAUGUCUACAUCACAUGUUGUCUAUGGACGUGUUUUUUUUUUAUUUUUUUUUUUCAUUUCAAUUCAGUUUUUCGAGACGACGGAAACAUUACAAACGUUUUAUAUAUGAAGAUAGACUUAUUGUAAAUAUAUUAUGAUUUGAUCGGCUUCUAGAGUUGUUUCCGCGCGGGAGGCGAGUUGUUUGUAUGUAGUAAAUAAUUUAGCGUUACGUUUGUUAUACGUUUUUCUAUAGAUAUUUAAUAUUCACUUGUAUAUAGUAGAUAGUACAAAAAUAUUAAACCGAAAGCGACUACUAUAAAACAAGAA